UAAUGUCAAAAAAACAUUCACAACAAAGUACAAACUCAACAAGUCGCACUCAUCUUAAGAAAAAAUUAUAAUUUGAUGCAAAUACACCAUGUUAAAGGUCAAUGUUAGGCAGUUAUAUACCUCAGUGGCUUGCAACCGAACCCCAGAAAUUGUAGACUGGAAUAAAGCGGGAGUUAUUUGUUAUGGAGCAAGUAAUGCAGUCGUCAUUUAUGAUACGAAAAUAAUAUACAAUGAUCCUACGAUAGUACUCAGUCAUCAUAAUUCUCGAGUAAACUCAGUGAAAUGGCUUACAAAACCGGACGGCUCGAGUGUCGAGAUGAUAUCAGCGUCGGCGGACAAAACUGCAGCAAUCUGGUCCCAAGUUAAAGGAGUGUGGAAGGUCACCAGUGUGCUUGCAGGGCAUGAGGAUGGUGUUACCUGCAUCUAUGGGAUGUACACUGGGGGCAACGACUUAUUCGUGUUUACUGCGUCUAUUGAUUCCACAGUUAAAGUUUGGGAGAGAUCUAAUGAGACAGUACUUCUAAAGCAAACAAUAAAUCUCAAUUCUGGGCUCUGUCUCUCGCUGCAUGCCCAGAUGUUGCCCAUUGUCAACAAACCGGUGCUGUUCUUGGGACUCGACGAUAAUAAAGUACAUGUGUUUGCUUUGAAUGGAGAAUAUCACAGAGUGGAUUCUCUGAUGGGACACGAGGAUUGGGUGAGGGGGCUAGAUAGCAUAAUUGAUGACAACACAAUACUCCUAGCAUCGGCGUCACAAGACACCUACAUCCGUGUGUGGCGGAUCCAGCGGUUCGACGACGAGCCCUGCUCCUCAUCAGGCAUCAAGGUUGAAAGGAAGGUGUUUGAAGCCUAUGAUGUUAUCUGGUCAGUGAAGUUGGAGGCAGUGCUGGCGGGACAUGAAGGAUGGGUGUAUGGAGUACAAUGGGAUGUGUUUAGUGAGAAAGACAAUAAACAACCCAUACAUCGUCUCCUAUCGUCAUCAUUGGAUAAAACAAUAAUCGUGUGGGAGCCAGAACUUGGGGGAGCCUGGGUGGAAAAGAUUAGAGUGGGGGAAGUGGGGGGAAAUGGGCUUGGUUUUUAUGGUAGCCGCUUUGGACCCACUGGCUUCUUGGGGCACGGUUACAAUGGCUCUUUGCAUAUUUGGACAUUGGAUAAAGAAUUGCAAACCUGCAAGCCAAGCGUAGUAUUGGGAGGCCACUUCAAUGGAGUGGAGGAUGUGAAAUGGGAGGGGAAAGGGAGAUACAUCCUCAGCGUCUCCCUCGACCAGACCGCCAGGAUACAUGCUCCAUGGAAGAAGAAUGUCCAUGGUGCAUCGCAAUGGUACGAGGUGGCCCGCCCCCAAGUACAUGGCUACGACAUGUGCUCAGUCUCACUGGUCUCCAGCACGGAGUACGUAUCAGCUGCUGAGGAGAAGGUGGUCCGCGUUUUCCAAGCACCGCACAACUUCAUCCAAAACUUCCAGAACAUUACGGGCGAACAGCUGGAGGGUGACGUACAAGGCCCAGAAGGUGCGUCCGUCCCGUCGCUGGGGCUUUCCAACAAAGCGGUGUUCAGCGGAGACGAUAUGGCGGAUGCUGAUGUCGACAAGGAUGGAUAUUUCGUGCCCGUCGAACUACACGAACCGCCUACAGAAGAGACGCUCAUGCAGAACACUCUAUGGCCGGAAGCCCACAAACUCUAUGGCCACGGAUAUGAAGUGUUUUGUGUUGAAGCGAGCCCAGAUGGUCAGCUGCUGGCCACCACUUGCAAGGCCACCACCGCACAACACGCGGCUGUUCUAAUAUGGGACACCAAAACCUGGAACCAAAUCCAGAAGCUAGUCUCCCACCAGCUUACGGUCACACAACUCGCUUUUUCACCGAACUCCCAGUUCCUGCUCUCUGUCUCCAGAGACAGAAAAUGGACUCUAUUCAAGAGGGAUUUAGAGUCAAAUUCGUUUGCGAUCGCCGCCGGUACUGAUAAAAGCAAUGGAGUACAUUCGAGAAUAAUCUGGUGUUGCGCUUGGUUGUACGACGGUAGUGGGUUCGCGACCGGAUCGAGGGAUGGAAAGGUGUGUCUCUGGGCACAAACAAACAUAGAAACGGACACAUCUCUAAAAGAUUAUGGGCUGGUGUCGAAGUUGGAAGUACAAUCUUCCGUGACGGCGUUGGCAUUUGGACCCUGCCCGACGAUUUUCGCCGCUGUUGGUCUGGAGACUGGGAUGAUUUUACUAUACAGCUUUCAAGAUACUUGGAGUUUGCUGUAUGAAAUGGAUAACAACAUAGCCCAUCACCUCACAAUAAAGCGGCUCACCUUCAAGCCCAAAAUGGACAAGGACAGGAAGAACGAGAUGUUCCUCGCGAGCUGCGGCGCAGAUCACUUCGUGAGGAUCAACAGCAUCACCGCCAAGAGCAUAUAACGGAACAUCACCGUGGAAGUCCUGAAGAUGGUGUGUCGUUGCUAGAUUGGACGUAGGCUCGAUGGUAAUGCUAUUAUGGGUGGGUGACGUCUUAGCAGCAUUUAAUGAUUAACAUUUGUACAAUUUAAUUUUUAUUCUCCUGAUUUUUGAAAACUAGCUUUCCGCCCGCAUAUUAAAAGGAUAGACACAGUUCCUGUUGGAUUUUGGAAUAAAAACUAGCCUAUGUCAUCUCUCGGGUAACAUUUUUGUGCCAUGUGCCAUUUCAUCGAAAUCGACAUUUGCAUUAGUUGGGAUUAUCUCAACGAUUUUUAUGGAGACUGUAUCUUUAUUAGAGAAUUAGCAGAUUAGGAUAAAACGUGUAUCCUGCUCAUUUUUUCUCGCAUAUAUUUGUAUUCUUUGUUGUUGGUCCACAUUUAUUGUGCCAUCCUUCUAAUACAAUAAAAGCGAAAGUUUGUAAGUAUGGAUGGAUGGAUGUUUAUGUUUGUUCUCUCUCGAAAACAGCCUAUCGUAUCUGUAUGCAAAUUGGUACAGAUUAUAGUCUGGAAUAGCACAUAGGCUACUUUUUUCCUGGGUAGUAUCCAUGCCGCGGGUUACAACUAGUAAUUUAAUAAAAUGCUACUAAAUGACGUCAUAGCUCUGGUAUGUUUGAACCGAAGUAGCUCGACUUCCACCUUCAUAUAAUUUAGUGAAAUAAUUUAUGUUGUGUGAUCUCAAAUAAUUUGUGAGAUACUUGUGUUAUUAAUCUGUGGUGAAACCACAGAUAAUAGAUAGCACACUGGUUUAACCACAGAUAAUAAAUGUUUAUAAGUUAACCUGUUACAGAUUAAAUCAUAAAUGGAUGUCAAGAAUGUAUCCUCAUAAUAUUAAGAUUACAGUGUAAUGUAUAUGAGCUAGGUUACUAUGAUGUAUUCAUUAACUAUAUUUUAUUAGAUUUGUUUUGUUGUUUAUUUUUUAAGUUUAUUUAAUAUCUAUCGAAGUGAUUUAACAUACAACAACCACUUUCCUCAUUUAUGUAAGCAAUGCUUCGAUGUAUAACUUUAAAAAUAUUUCCUUUCUAAAUUUCGUUAAGCAAAGUUAUGCUCUAUAUAAAUAUAUC